CAAGAAGGUCUGACCCAUGUGUAAUACACAAGAUGUGGCAAAUGAGGGUCCACAGCGGCUUCAGGAUCAUUGGACUGUUCUCUCAUGGGUUUCUGUCAGGAUAUAUGGUGUGGAACAUCAUUGUAGUGUAUGUGUUAGUUGGAGAGCAGAUGACCACUCUACCUAACCUUCUCCAGCAGUAUCACAGUCUGUCGUACCCUGCACAGUCUCUGCUCUACCUGCUGCUGGCCAUCAGCACCGUGUCUGUCUGUGACAGGAGUGUGAACACAAGUGUCAGCACAAGCAACAACAGUACAAACAAUACAUGA